AAUACUGAAUUUAUCACACUCAGUUUUCGAAGGAUUAAAGUUCUACUGUGAUCAUCAUGGCGACUGCGUUGGAUCAAACCGACAUGGUUCAAAUUCCCAACACUCCAACAUUGGUUGCCGAGGAAAAUUUGAACCACAAACGCUCUAAAGCAAAUCUCGUGGUGGCUCAAGAGUCUGUCGCAAUGGAGCACAUCGCUGCUCAUCAGCUUCCAGCUCCCGAGCCACGUCAUCGUGGACCGGCGAUUAAGGAUAAGCCGGAGAGAAAGGAUCGUCUUCCGACGGUUGGAGAAUAUUUUGAAAAUGAUAAAGGAGAUCGUUUCAUUUUGCGUCAGAAGCUGGGCGAUGGUGCAAUGGGACAUGUUUUUCUGAGCAUUUUUGGUGGCAGAAGUGUUGCAAUCAAAGCCGAAAAGUAUUCAACAGGGAUGCUUCCAAUGGAAAUUAAGGUUUUGUUGAGUAUCAGACGCCACAAUGGAGUUCAUUUCUGUGAUAUCAUUGAUUAUGGAACCAUCCGUCGUGAAUACAACUACAUGAUAAUCAGUAUUCUUGGAAAAGAUCUCUACCGUCUUCGUGCCGAACAACCGACUCGUUCAUUCACUCUCAAUACGACUACAAAGAUUGCUCUUGAAACUAUUGAAGCUAUUGAAGAGCUUCACAAUAUUGGAUACCUGAGCCGUGAUGUCAAGCCAAGCAACUUUGCUCCAGGACAACGCGACAAUGGACAGCAUAAGACAAUUUUCAUGUUUGACUUUGGACUUGCGAAGAAGUUUAUUGAUCGUGAUAACAAGAAGCUGAAGUCUCGUGGAGAGGUUGGAUGGAGAGGUACUGUAAGAUAUGGAAGUCUCCAAGCACACAAACGUAUGGAUCUUGGAAGACGUGAUGAUGUUGAAUGCUGGUUCUACAUGCUCAUUGAGAUGUUGGUUGGAGAGUUGCCAUGGCGUCAUAUGUCUGAUCGUACACUUGUUGGACAAUCGAAGCUCUCAAUUCGAAAUGAAUCUCGUCGUUUGUUCUUCAAUCGAACUCCAAGACAGUUUGAGACGAUCAUGGAUAUGAUCGAUGGAUACUCAUUCGAAAUCAGACCAGAGUACAGACAUUUGAAGGCAUUGAUUAAUGAGAUUCGUAUGGAAAAUAUGAUUCCUGAUCGUUGCAAGUGGGACUGGCAAGUGGAAGAAUCUCAACAUUCGGAGCUCACCGAAACAGCUUCUGUCAUGUCUGAUAUGGCAAUUAUGGCUGAACAAGGAGCUACUAACUACACUGAUCGUGCCUGUGAGAACCAAUAGGCAUAUACUCGUCUCACAACUGUUCUUCAUCACUACUCUUCUCAUCAAAUCUCGAAUCGAAUCGAGCACUUUCCAGUUCAAUUUCCUCUUUCUCUCACUCUUUUCCAAUCCAAAGUAAAGAACCGAUUGCCUCUUUUUGUAUUCAUUAUCAUCAUCGUCGUCGUUUGGUUUCAACUAUACUACUAGAUUUUUGUGCUGUGUAAAUAAAUGUAUUUUUUUAAA